CGCAGUGUCCGAGUGGAGUUUUCCAAGAGAAAGCGUUGGACUCUGCAUUUUCACUGCUGCUGCUGCAAUUGCCCAAGAGUGAUCAAAAUGGCGACAAUUCAGGCAGCAGCGUGCAGCAAUGUGGGCCAGUUCUCGUGCUCGUCAGCGGCCACUCCCAGGAGCAGUGCAUCAGGUGUGGUGUCAUGGCUUUGCCCGAGUGCGAAAUUCUCCACAGAAUUGCGCUUGUCUUCAGUGUCAUCCUUCUCUCAGGCCACCAGUGCUCUGCAGAAUUCGUGGCUGGUGAAGCAGUCGCGCCGAGAGGUGGUGCUGCCUGGAAAGGUGGCAGCUGCCAGAGCCGCUGCCGGGGGCGAGAAGAACGUCCUGAUCGUCAAUACGAACAGCGGUGGCCAUGCCGUCAUUGGAUUCUACUUCGCCAAGGAUCUGAGAGCAGCUGGCUAUGGAGUCACCAUUCUCACCUUGGGCGAGGAGGCCUCCGACAAGAUGAAGAAACCUCCAUUCUCCCGCUUCUCGGAGCUCAAGGAACUGGGCGUCCAGACAGUUUGGGGAAGUAACACAGACAUUGGAGCCGCAGUUGGUUCUGCGAAAUUCGAGAUCGUGCUCGACAACAACGGCAAAGACAUGGAUGCCGUCAAGCCUGUUGCUGAUUGGGCGAAGUCAUCAGGUGCCGAGCAGUUCCUGUUUAUCAGCAGCGCUGGUAUCUACAAAACCACAGACGAACCACCAUCCGUCGAAGGGGAUGCCGUGAAGAGUGCUGGACACGCCGAGGUGGAGAAAUAUAUCAGUGAAUUGGGAUUCAGCAGCUGGGCCUCGUUCAGACCUCAAUACAUGACCGGUUCAGGAAACAACAAAGACUGCGAGGAAUGGUUCUUUGACAGGAUCGUCAGAGGAAGACCAAUCCUUGUUCCACAGCCGGGCUUGCAACUGAGCAACGUCGCCCAUGUCUCCGACCUCUCGUCGAUGCUCACUCUAGCCGUUCAGAAGCCAGAGGCUGCCAAUGGGCAGAUUUUCAAUGCAGUGAGUGACCGUGCCGUCACCCUAGCAGGAUUUGCUCGUAUAUGUGCCAAGGCUGCCGGCAAGGAAGUGGAGAUCAUUACGUACGAUCCCAAGGCUGCAGGUGUCGAUGCCAAGAAGGCAUUCCCGUUCCGCACAGUGCACUUUUAUGCCGAGCCGAGGGCUGCCAAGGAAUUGCUGGGCUGGACAAGCAAGACCAAUUUGCCAGAGGACUUGAAAGAGCGGUACGCAGAGUACAUCAAGAUCGGCAGAGACAAGAAGGACAUCAAAUUUGAACUCGACGACAAAAUUUUGGCAGCAGUGAAGCAACCUGUCACAGUGUAACCUAUUAGUUGUAUUAUGGAAGUCCUCGUUAUUGGUCCCUGACACCUUCAUAGACCACGAAUGUAAUCGAUGAAAGAAAACUUCUCAAGCUGGGGAUCUAAAAGCGCAGUAGUUGCAUAGCUCUGGAAUCCAGUUUCUUCAAGAUCUAUUCCUGGAACGGUAGCUCGUGCUGUUGUCCAUGACCAGCAAAUGAUUCCCUACAAAGAGUGGUCAAUGAGGGACUACUAAGCUUGAAGCUUAUGUAAAGCACUCACAGUUCUACCAAUUUUACAAAGUCCUGUACGGCUUGAAAGUGAUUUUUUCUUAAUCUCCUUGAUCUCAUUGAGAGUGAUUAGCCAGUUUGAGGACGCCAUGUGGAACAGAUCUCAAGAAUAGCGCAUUGUUCAGAAACUGAAACCGAAAUUGAAGUUGUUCAAGAUACCAGGCCCGAAAAGGUUCCGGGAACCCUGCAGGACAUUCGAAGAAACUUCUUGGCCUCACUUGGCAAAAGCCUUACUUCCCAUGUCAGUGAUCUGAAGUCUACGUAGUGAGGAAGCGAAGGUUUCUCACACCAAAGUAAAAUUUACGCUGCGCACACUACCAACCCGACACCAAGCUUAAUGCAUCGUGUUUGGCAACAGGAACACCUUAGUAUAUACAAGCGGUUCUGGUCCACCCGAUCGAAGUAUUUUAUAACUUCGUCCGUCGAUGGGACCUGCAUGUCAGAUGUCUUCGAUCUGUGUUCAAGGCUCCUCGCCCUAGGAAGACCAGGAGGGUCGACGUCCCACUA